GGCGCGGAGGAGGCGUGCCGCGCGCGUGUCUGCGAGUGAGCUGGAAGUCAUAGGAGAGUUGGCGGGCUGUUGCGGGAGAUGGUCGGGUGCUAGGAAAUGCAAUCCUCACCCAGUCUAGGAGAAUCCAUAGAGAUGCGCAUCCGUUCGUCCCUGAGACCGCUGCUGAUUUAGAGAACAGGAGGGCGUUGCUUGGAGGGGUCCACAUCAGGAAUAGGAGCUAUGCGCUGCUGGAGGGGGCGGCUGGGCUUGCAGGCAUGGCGAGGAAUGACCUGGGCGGCUGCGGUGAGCAAAGCGAAGAGGAAGCAAACCCUGCGGGGUGGCGAGAGAAGCAUGUGCAGUUUCCAAGGCAGAGUUCCCACGAUCCGCGGCGGCCGGACGAGUGAACAGCAGCAAGGACCAUGGGGCAGCGCAAAGCACGUGGUUGCUCUGCAAACGAUCAGCUCCCCCGUCUUAAACUGCAGAUUGUUUUCUAGUAAUGCAGGGAACGGCGAUGAGUCAGAAGGGCAGGACGAUCCUCCUGUUUUCGUGCCACCGGUAUUUCAGCGGGUCUCUUCUCAGCUCCCGGGGAACCGUAGGAGGAGGGCGUGGGAAAAAUCUCUGUCCCCUUUGGAAAGAGUGAGUCGGCUGGUACCCGAGGAAUUCCUUUCUGAGGAGAUCAGUGCCAUGAGGAACUCUGAGAUCAAAGAAUCCAAGCAAGAGCCCCCUGCGGGGGAACAGGACUCCUCUCUUUUCUCAAGAAGUAUUCCGCAAGCACAGUCUCACUUGAAUCAAGGGUUGGCACCUGAACAUCUUCUUAACUCAGCAUCCAAAAAUAUCCCCCUCCAAGUAGGGGAGCUGAUUCUAGCAGAGUUCCAGAGACGUUACUCAGACAUUAAAAAAUUGUUCAGAUUAACUGCAGGCGGCAUGCUGAACGGCAGCUGGGGAACCAUUCACUUUGUGGAGAUUGUAGGCAAACUUCCUGGACAAUUGUUCUUGACCUCCAUUGGUCGGAUUGUCCUAAUAAGGAGGCCAACCUUAGAAGAAUAUGUGCUGCUCAUGAGGAGAGGACCAACUAUUUCCUAUCCAAAGGAUAUGGCUGCAAUGCUGCUGCUUAUGGAUCUCAAUCAAGGAGACAAAGUGCUGGAAGUUGGUUCUGGUUCUGGUGCUUUGAGUUUAUUUCUAUCAAGAGCAGUUGGACCACUAGGCAACGUUAUGAGUUAUGAAGUCAGAAAAGACCACCACAGCAUAGCUAAGACAAACUACCAGAACUGGUGUGCUGCAUGGAAAUUAGCACAUGUUGUAGAGUGGCCAGAUAAUGUGGAAUUCAUUAAUGAAGAUAUUGCAACAGCAGCCGAAGAUCUGAAAAUGGAAACAUUUGAUGCGAUAGCUUUGGAUAUGGUCACCCCUCAGAAGGCUUUGCCUGUGAUCCCAAGUCUUAAACAAGGAGGUGUUUGUGCUGUAUAUGUUGCAAAUAUCACACAGGUUAUUGCUCUCUUAGAAGCUAUCCACACCAGCAAGUCAACUCUUUUUUGUGAGAAGAUUGUGGAAGUAACACAUAGAGACUGGUUAAUACGCACCGUGAUGCAAAAAAGUGGCAGUGCUUUCCAGCACAUGAAAUGCAAGGAAAAUAUGGUUGAUGAUCCAACUUGCAGUAGUGAAAAUGAGGAGCAGUCUGCGGAACAGGAGGUUUCUGUUUCUGACAGAGCAAAAACACUGUAUGUCGCUAGACCUCACCACUGGCAAACUAGUCACACAGUGUUUCUUGUCAAACUCCGGAAAUUUAACCCCCCAAAUCCAAAAACGUCUCCAGAUACCGAGUGCUAAUUUGAAGACUUCAUUUUGCCAGAAUUGGACAACAAAAGGACUAAGUGCAUUUCUUGGAAGCUACAACUUUUAUUUCUGCUGACAAUGUAUAUACGAAGCCAAGGAUAGAACUUAAAGAAUAAAAUACUUAGCUUAGACAACAAAUAUUUUUAAUUGUAUCUUGUAUCAGAAGGUUCAUUGCAUUUCCUGACAAUAUGUAAAGUUAUGGCUGGAAGCAUACUUAUUCUUCAUUUCCAGUAAACCACUCCAUGGAUUUA